AUUAUUGCUACAUAAACGUUAUCAUGCACAUUUUAUCUCACCAACAGUUUCUAAUUUGCAAUAAGAUUAAGACAUUCGUCUAUGAUAGGUUUUUGCUAUUCCCAAACGCUACAGCACACACAGCACCCUGCUCUUAGUUAGUGACCAUGGCGGAGAGAGCUAAACGUUAAAAAGUGUGGUUACACUUCAGCAGAGUCGAUGCUGACUGCUCGUUGCCACUAGUGCAACAACACUUUUGCUCGUUCGUUUCCGCCCUUACAAGCAAUCUGUCCAAACAUCUAUGGAAAGUGCAUCAUGUACAGGCAGAGAGAUGCAUUUUGACUGCCUAGCUCGUAGUUCAUCUCUCGUUGCCCGGUCUACGUUAGGUAUGUAUGCUAGCAGUCUAGAGCCCACACACUGGAGUUAACUCAAUUAUGCGAACAUGGGUUCAUGAUCAAAAGCAACCAUUAGCAAGCUGAUUGUUUAGCUAUGGGUGUAUUCAUAAAUUCAAUCACCCAUUUUAAAAAUGUUGCUAAUUUUUUGUUAAACUUGCAGCUACAAUGAACCAACCCACUCCUUCCUCUAAUACCGCUAGUCCAAGCCAAAGACCAGCCCAAAGCCCCUUCACGCUGGCAGUUAGUGGGAGGAUGACUGAGGAGAGGGUGAAUGAGUGCCACCUAGCCGUGACCAAGUUCAUAGUGAAAAGCCUUACACCCCUUUGCAACAGUGGAGUCCAAGGGCUUUAGGUAACAGUCUGUCAGUAAAUAUUGAGUUGUAUACAUUUUUAGGAUAUAGGACUAACAUACAACGCUUUUAUACUACUAUUACUCCACAAUACACAACAACACAACCCCAAAUAUACCCCUCCCUCCAGGAGUUACCUCAGUGACACAUUCAUUCCUACCUGGUAUGGUGUAGAAAAGGCCAAUGUGAUCACUGAGCUGAAGGAUGUUCCAAUGCUGGCUAUCACAUCAGACGGGUGGACCAGACUCUGUCUGGACCACUAUCUCACAGUUACAGUUCACUACACAAGCCAGGGCAGUGUAGAACAGAAGGUCCUCCACACCAGGGCAGUGUACAAAUCGCAAACUGGCCAAGUAGUGGCAGAGGAGAUCUCAGACAUUCUGGAAGAGUUUGAGAUAGAGCCGAGCAAGAUUGUAGCUGUGACUGUUGAUAAUGCUGAAAAUAUGGAUGUUGCCAUCAAGAGGCUACACGUCCUAAAAAUAGGACACAUUAAAUCUGGCAGUGCAGAAAAUCAUUAAUAAAUGGGCAGCCUGAAUCAGAGCAGUGGUCGUAUGGUUCAAGAUGUCCAAAACAGUCUUGAAGGAAAAGCAGCAGCUCCUUGGUAAGAUGCCUGUUCAAUCUAUUACAGUUUUAAAGUAUUAUUUUGAAAUUCCCACAUUUAACAAUUUAAUUGAAUAUUCAAGUGUGCGGUAAUUAAAUGUAUGUUGUUUUUUUGUUGUUUCAGGCAUUCCGCAACACUCACUCAUCCUUGAUGUCAAGACCAGACGGAACUCGCUCUAUCUAAUGAUAGAGAGAUUCAUGGAGCAGUAUCCAGCGAUCCAAGCAGCAGCCUUGGACCCACGACUGCGAAAAGCAAUGACCAAGGACAGCCUGAACCGUCUGAAGGACGAGGACUUUGUCCAGCUCAUGGGAAUCCUCCAUACACCCACACUGUCUGUCAUGUGAAAAGAAUGCCACCUGUGGACAGAUCAUACCCAUCCUCCAAAAACUGGAAGAGCACUGGGAAGCAUGAAGAGAAGGUCUGAAACAGAUGAAGGCCAGUGUGAAGAAUGUUGACUGCAUCCUAGAAAUCCACGAUGCCAGAAUCCCGUUCUCGGGUAGAAACCCUCUUUUCCAGGAUAGUCUGGACGUCAGACCUCAUCUCCUGGUGCUGAACAAGAUGGACCUGGCUGACCUGUCUGCCAAGCAUAUGAUUUUGAAACAGCUUGAAAGACAUGGAGUGAAGAAGGUCCUGUUCACAGACUGCCUCAGACAGAGAGAUGACAACGUCAAAAAGCUGGUUCCCAUGGUCACAGAAUUAAUCGAGAGCCAGCCACGCUUCCACCGAGAGGAGAACACCAACUUCUGUCUGAUGGUGAUUGGGGUGCCCAACGUUGGAAAGUCAUCACUCAUCAAUGCUCUGAGGAGAACCAACCUCAAGAAAGGUCGGGGGUCAAAAGUAGGAGGGGAACCAGGCAUUACCAAAGCAGUGUUGACUAGAAUACAGGUGUGUGAGAGACCCAUCAUCCAUCUUCUAGAUACGCCUGGUGUCCUUCCUCCGAAGAUACAGAGUCUGGAGACAGGCAUGAAGCUAGCCCUAUGUGGAACCAUUCUGGACCAUCUAGUAGGAGAAGACAUCAUGGCAGACUACCUACUGUUCUCUCUCAAUAGACUGGAGAAGUACAGUUACGUGGAGAGGUAUGAUCUCAGUGAGCCUAGUGAUGACAUCCAGCAGGUGUUGAAACGUAUCGCUGUCAAACUGGGAAAGACUCAACGGGUUAAAGCCAUCACUGGAGUGGGUAACAUCACCCUCACAGUGCCUAACUACACAGCAGCAGCCUAUGAUUUCAUCAGAGCGUUCAGGAAGGGAGAGCUGGGACGGGUCAUGCUGGACUGACCACUACCGCACCACAGACUGACUACAACACAUACUGAUCACUACCGCAACACAGAUGAUUGGUCUGGCAGACACACACCGUACUCACAGACUCAGGAGUCUGGUGUCUCACCAUAGACCCAGCGGAUCAGUAAGAAUGCCGACACUGUUGUUUGUACAUAAUGUACCUGUUAGUGUAAAUGCACACAAUCAUAAUAAAAUGUAUUUUAUGUACAGUA